CAUUUGACGUUUGCCAUAAAAAUAUUUACUUUUGGAAGUGAGUUUUUUUUCAAGAUGGAUUUGAAUUGUCCCGGUUUACAUAAUCGAACCGAUUCAAACAUAAGAACCUCGGAUUUUUAUAAAACUUGUCAACUACCCAAAAGAUUUGAUCAUCCGUCUUGGUUUUAUGGUUAUGGUCUACAAAAAUCUCCACCAGAUCAUCCUUUUUAUAGAACAACUUCUAGUGAUUAUGGAAGGUAUCCUCCAACAAUUCACACCGUUCCCACUUCGUUUUAUCCGACUUGUCAGGAAUUCAGCAAGGCGCUCGCUAAGGCGGGCAACUACAAGAAUUACUCUUUGAACACGGGGUUGGAUCGAACGUACUGCUGAAUUUAUUUCAGACCAACUUAUAAUCCAAAAUUUCUGAUUGUAAAUUCAUGACUUUGCUUUUUUCAAAUAUAUAUUUAUUCGAGUA